UUUUCUUAGUUAUAUACAACACAUAAUUAAACCAAGGAAAUAUCUAACUGUAAAUAAUUACCAAAUUUAUUUUAUCUUAUCGGAAUUAAUAGAAUUUAAGGCCUAAACGCGAUUGAUGACAAAAAGGAAGCAAGACAAUAACACAUUAAGAGUAACGCUGGUCGUUUUUUUGAAAAAAUCCUGCAUAAAUAUUUGUGAAAAGUAAUGAAUGCAUUUUAUCUAUAUCACUUUAUUGCUAAGAUGAACUAUGAUGAUUUACUAUCAGAGUUAACUGAUGAAAAAUUGGAGCUUUUCCAAACCUCUUCGAAAGCAGCCCCUGAGGAGGCAAUUGAAGAAGAGCAAGCAGCUACGAUACAAACUGUAUGUAAAACGUUCAUAAAAUCUACAAAUGUUCAAACUUCAAAAUCUGAAGGUUCCACACCUCAACGAAAAGUUUCUACUUCUUCACGUCUAAUGAGCGCAUUCCAACAAUUUUACGCAACUGGCAAUAGUUCAGUUAUAAACGAUGGUAACGGUACCUCAUCCACUGCGCCUACAAGUCAUACUCCCACUAAAGGCGUAGAAUCAAAAUUGCUUUCCAUGUGGCAGAACGUUAAAUAUGGUUGGAGUGGUAAACUGGCAAAGACGAACUUUUCCAAGGAACAACCCGUUUGGCUUUUGGGUCGUUGUUAUCAUCGCAAAUGUUCGCCAUCCUCUUCUAUGGAAACUUCAACGGAAAUGUCGAUUUCUAAUACAGGCAGGGAAGCAGGGAAUAACAAAAAUUCAAGUGCGCAUGAUAGCGUACAGCACUUCAGUACUUGCUAUACUUCCAAUAAUUUCUCCAAUCAGAAAGCUCCAACCUCUACAUAUCCCAUAAUCAAUCUUCAGCAAGCUGAAGAAAUUAUUGUGCCUCAAGAAUUGGGCAUGGACGCUGCUGAAAAUCAGGUUGCUGAAAAUCUCUGGGAAGAAGGAAUAGAAGGUUUUAAGCGCGACUUUUACACUCGCAUAUGGAUGACGUACCGUCGCGAAUUUCCCACAAUGAAUGGCUCUAACUAUACGUCUGAUUGUGGGUGGGGUUGCAUGAUACGUAGCGGGCAAAUGCUUCUUGCCCAGGCUUUAUUAUGCCAUUUUUUAGGACGCAGUUGGCGUUAUGAUCCGGAUUCACAAUUGCAUUCGACUUACGAAGAUAAUAUGCAUAAAAAAAUUAUUAAAUGGUUUGGCGAUAUAUCUUCAAAAAGCAGUCCAUUUUCCAUACAUACUUUGGUGCAUUUGGGCGAGCAGAUGGGCAAAAGGCCCGGAGAUUGGUAUGGACCUGCUUCGGUUUCCUAUCUGUUAAGGCAAGCUCUCAAGAACGCAGCUCAAGAAAAUGCCGAUUUUGAUAACCUUGCCUUAUAUGUGGCUAAAGAAAGUACAGUUUAUAUUGGAGAUAUUGAAGCAGAAUGUUGUGUACCAGAACGUACCCCAAAAGCAAAAGCAAAUGUGCCUUGGCGCAAACGUGAAGUCCAGAAAGCUACAGAGCCAAAACAACAAUGGAAAUCUUUGAUAAUUUUAAUACCUUUACGUUUGGGUACAGAAAAACUUAAUCCAGUUUACGCUCAUUGUUUGAAACUAUUGUUAAGUACCGAGUAUUGUAUUGGAAUUAUUGGUGGCAGACCGAAACACUCAUUAUAUUUCGUUGGCUUUCAAGAGGAUAAACUCAUACACUUAGACCCGCACUACUGUCAGGAAAUGGUAGACGUAAAUCAGGAAAACUUUGCUUUGCAUUCAUUUCACUGUAAGUCACCCCGUAAACUAAAAACUGCAAAAAUUGAUCCCAGCUGCUGUAUCGGAUUCUAUUGCCAAAAUAAGAUUGAUUUUGAUAGCUUUGUAGAAAGCGUACAAUUGUAUUUACAUCCAAUGCGUUGUGCUUCUGGCACCAUUGACAAAAUUUUGCCGCCUUCUCAACAAAUGUCUAACAAUAUAGCUUCCAGUUUCACUGAACCAAGCAACACUUCCAUGCAGUAUGCAGAAAUGAAUUAUCCAUUAUUUAGUUUCUCACGUGGAAGAUGUUUACAACACGAAAUAAAUGUAAUGAACGAUUCCCUUUAUAGGCCUUUGCAAAAACCAUUGCAAGAAAUUAAGGCCGAAAUGGACUAUACUGUAUUAGCUAAUAUGACCACAAUGCAAGCAGCAACAAAUGACGAUGAUAGCGAAACUGAAGAAUUUGUUCUACUUUAAGAGUAAAAAAAGAGAAGAAUGUAAACCAUAACACUUUUUAUGGUAAAAAUAAUAAUAAUUGAGCUUCUUACAUAAAGACAUACUUUUAUACAAAACCAGCCUUUCACAUAAUUCUACUUAUAUAUUUAUGCAUUGUAUUCUGUUGCUACGUCUUUUCUAACACUUAAUGCAUCUCAAAAUUAAAGACUUCGCUUAAAGUUAACUUAGUUUAUUGCGUCAAUAGUAACGUACAAAAGUUGUUAUUGAAUUCAUUAUGUCAUUAUGUAUUUGUUGGAUAAUUAAUUCCUCAUGGUUUCAUAUGCAAUUAAAUAUAGAA